UUCUGAAGGAAUCCCUAGAGCUAGGGUUUUGCAUCCCAAUUCUUUUGCGAGAGUAGGGUUUCCCUCCCUUUUGGGUAACCCCAAAAUUCAAAAACCCUCCGCUUCAAAAGAGAUCCUACUCUCCCUUUCAGAUUUCUUCCAUUUCUCCCGAUAUCUCUCCCAAAAUCUCGAUUCUCUCACCUCAAUCGAUCUCCAUUUUCUGGAAUUUGUGAAUUCUUUCUAGGGUUUCUAUCUUUUCUGCUUCUUUCCUGGAGAGAGGAGAGAAGAUGAGCACCACAUUGCAGAGGACCGCCAAAUCCGGUAGACAGUCACUGUUCUUCCGUGAUCUCGCAUCCCCGAUCUCCACCCACAGAGGGAAGUUCACCAGCCCCGGCCAGGCCGCGGCGGUCUCCGCUCUCUGGCGGGAGAAUUUCAACGGCUCGGAUCCCCCGCCGCCUCCCGUCUUCACCUUAGAAGACCGCGCCGAUUUCUCACCUGAGUCCGGCAUCGGCGACUACCCCGCGUCGCCGGAUUUCAAGUCGGAGGCGAGGACGCCGGCCCGGGAUUCACUCUCCCCUUUGAAAAGCAGAGGCGAGCCGAGCACUUCUUAUGCUGCGGUGGCAGUGACACCGCCAGGGGGCGCGCAGACUCAGCAGAGUCCCGUGGGCUUGAAUUGGUGGUCCCCCGCUAGGAGCGGUGGGGACCACGAUGAGAAGGGGAAGGGGUCACCUGUGGAUGGAGUGGUGCAGCCAGGUGCUUUAAUUACGCUUCCGCCACCAAGGGAGGUGGCGAGGCCGGACUUGCAGAGGAGCAACUUGCCUGUUGGGAGCAGUGUUGCUGAGGAGGAGUGGGUCACAGUUUAUGGAUUUUCACCAGGAGAUACCAACUUGGUAUUGCGUGAAUUCGAGAAGUGCGGCGUAAUAUUAAAGCAUGUCCCAGGUCCGAGAGAUGCAAAUUGGAUGCACAUUCUUUAUCAGAACCGAUUUGAUGCCCAGAAAGCUCUCAGCAAGAAUGGGAUGCAAAUAAAUGGGGUUCUUAUUAUUGGUGUGAAGCCUUUGGAUCCGAUUGAGCGACAGUACCUGAAUGAAAAGCUCAACAAUCAAGGCUUCAUGGUGCUGCCCCCUCAGCCGCCUGGGGGCGGCUUGGCACCCAGCGUGUUGAAAGCCUCUCCACGGCCCUAUUAUCUUCAGAAUGGUGACACAAACCGGCGCUUGGGUGGGGCUAUUGCCUCACCUGCAAAAUCUGCAGUUUCGAGAAUCAUGGAUUUGAUGUUUGGAAUUUGAACGAGUGAAAUCUCCCAUGGGUGCUGCGACUUAUGGAUCAAUCCAUCCAAUCUCUUCAUAAUUGUAUUGUUUUUGUUUUUUUUUCUUGUGCUGUUGGCACUCGUUUUGUAAUAGCGGUGAAUGCAUCCUCAUCCCAACUGGAAUGUGUGCUUCAAGAGGUUUCGUAACUAAUAAUCAAAAAAUUUUGUAAUUCACAAA